CCGGUCCGGGUGGAUAAGUGGGUGAAAGGUUCAGCAGGUUAGAGUGACAGCGGCGCAGUAACGCGUCACACACACACACACACACACACACUAGGAGCAGGUGAGCUGAGCGGAAACUAAAAAUGUCUAAACAGCCGCAGCCGAUCAGCCCGAUGAAGAACUUCUUCGCCGGGGGGUUCGGAGGAGUCUGCCUGGUGUUCGCCGGACAUCCACUGGACACCAUUAAAGUGCGUUUACAAACUCAGGCCAAACCCAAACCUGGAGAGAAGCUCAUAUACGGUGGAACUAUCGACUGUUUCAAGAAGACCUUGGCCAAAGAGGGUAUGAAAGGGCUUUAUAAAGGCAUGGCGGCCCCGAUCAUUGGAGUCGCACCCAUGUUUGCUGUGUGUUUCUUUGGAUUCGGACUUGGCAAGAAACUCCAACAGAGAACUCCUGAUGAAAUCCUCACGUAUCAACAGCUGUUUGCUGCAGGGAUGUUGUCCGGCGUGUUCACCACGGCCAUCAUGGCUCCCGGAGAGCGAAUCAAAUGCCUCCUACAGAUCCAGGCAGCAACUGGUGAGGUGAAGUAUGCUGGACCCAUGGACUGUGUCAAACAGCUGUACAGAGAGUUUGGGAUCAGAGGAGUCUACAAAGGCACAGCUCUGACUCUCAUGAGAGACGUUCCAGCGAGCGGGAUGUACUUCAUGUCCUACGAGUGGCUGAAGAAUCUCCUCACGCCAGCAGGAAAAAGCCACAACGAGCUCAGCAUUCCCAGUGUGCUGUUUGCCGGAGGAAUGGCCGGGAUCUUUAACUGGGCCGUCGCAAUUCCACCCGACGUCCUCAAGUCUCGUUUCCAGACAGCUCCUGAGGGAAAAUAUCCCAACGGCGUCCGGGACGUCCUGCGGGAGCUGAUAAGAGAGGAGGGCGUGGCCUCGCUGUAUAAAGGCUUCAAUGCCGUCAUGCUUCGAGCUUUCCCCGCAAACGCAGCUUGUUUCUUAGGAUUUGAAAUGGCAAUGAAGUUCUUGAACUGGUUAGCACCAAGAAUAAUGAGUAAUGUGGAGAUACCUGCUGGUUUAAAGGAGCUUUUACAGGGAUACACUGUGGAGGUGCUUCGCUGCAGGCCGCCAAACCUGGUGGCAUUUGCAGUGCAGCAUUUUACACAACUUCUGGAAAACCAAAGGAACCAGCGAGCCAAGAAACACAAACCAACGAGAAAAGGAGUCUCGUUUGACACAAACAAGUCCCCAAAGGAUGAUGAAGAGGAGGAGGAGGAGGAAGAUGACAUUAAGUCGACCACCGGUAAAUACAGUCGCAGAGUUUCAGUUUGUGCGGAGGCCUACAACCCUGAUGAUGAUGAGGACGAUGACACGGAGCCUCGGGUUGUGAAUCCCAAGACAGACGAGCAGCGACGCAGACUUCAGGACGCCUGCAAAUAUAUUUUACUCUUUAAAACUCUGGAGGGGGAGCAGUUUUCUGAGGUUCUGGACGCCAUGUUCGAGGUGCUGGUCAAACCUCAGGAGCACAUCAUCGAUCAGGGAGAAGACGGAGACAAUUUCUACGUCAUAGAGAAGGGUGUGUAUGAUAUUUUUGUGAAGAAGGGUGGAGGGGAUUUGUGUGUUGGAAAGUACGAUAACAAGGGGAGCUUCGGUGAGCUGGCUCUGAUGUACAACACUCCACGAGCUGCCACGAUCGUCGCAACGCAGGACGGCGCCCUGUGGGGCCUGGAUCGAGCCACGUUUCACAGACUGAUCGUGAAAAACAACGCAAAGAAAAGGAGGAUGUACGAGGCCUUUAUCGAGUGUGUUCCUCUUCUGAAGUCUCUCGAGCUCUCUGAGAGAAUGAAGAUCGUUGAUGUUUUGGGAGCACGUGCAUUCAAAGACGAAGAGCGAGUAAUAACACAGGGGGAUCAGGCCCACUGCUUCUUCAUUGUGGAAUCUGGGGAGGUGAAGAUAAUGAUUAAAAGCAAAACGCAGGCGAGCCAGCAGGACAGUGCGGAGGUCGAGGUGGCUCGCUGCACUAGGGGGCAGUAUUUUGGAGAACUUGCGCUGGUCACCAACAAACCUCGAGCAGCUUCAGUUUACGCUGUGGGAGAAACCAAAUGCUUAGUCAUCGACAUCCAGGCAUUUGAGCGUUUGCUGGGCCCCUGUAUGGACAUCAUGAAGAGGAACAUCUCCCAGUAUGAAGACCAGCUGGUGGCGCUGUUUGGCUCCAGUGUGGACUUGAAACACUAGUUCAUGAAAAUUAUAAAUCAGCAGGUCAAACAUAAUAGGUUUUGCAUGUAACAUGUGUUUAUCUUCCCCAUGAGGUAAGAACGACAUAGAGACGUCUGUUUUAUAAACAGACGUCAUUUGUACUGUUCCUGCAUCACUCUGCUGCUGACAGGUCAAUAUGUUGAGGUAGAACAAACCAUGUUUAUUAUUUUAUCACCCAAAGCAGAACUAAUGCUCGAUUACACCUGACUGAUGGAUGGAGUCAAGGUAACACAGCUGGUCUGUAUUUAGAUAGAGCUUUUCUAGUCUUGAACACUCAAAUUACUAUUUUGUCAUUCACAUACACAUUCAUACAGUGCAUCUACAUUGCAGCACUUUCUCUAUCACACAUCACUUGCCAAGGACACUUCGGCAUGCGGAAAGGGGAAGACGGGUAUUGAACCACGACAUCCUGGUUAUUGGACGACCUGCUUUGCCUCUAGUUAUUUCACUGGCAGUUCAGGACAAUGGAGGUAUAACUUUGAGCCCGCUAACCCUCCCACCCUACAGUAAACCCUCAGAUUCCUGAGUGGUUGAUGAUUGCAUGAAAUGUCGUAACUUUCUAUGGAACCUUUAUACAACUCCUGGUUAAACAUUUCACCUGUUGUUCGUGUUAAAGCACAUUUUGACAUGUCACAAUAGGAAAACCCCAGAUGUGAAUUAUGCUUCUAAAGACGGAUAGAUGUUAUAACACCUGACAAGAUAAAUGUUUUAUAUAUAUAUGACAUUCACACCUUCACCCUCCCUCCGCCGUAAAUUUCCCCCGGGAUCAAUAAGUUAUUUAUCUAUCAAUGUCCUCAGCAAGGUGUAACCUGUAGAGUCUAAGGUUGUAGUGAAGCUGCAACAAUGAAGCACAACUGAAUGAACGUCUCACCAACAGGUUGAUUCUCCUGAGAGUGUCGGAAGAACCUCAGUGUGAGAUGCCUGGGUUGAAAUGUGUGAAAUGUGUUUUUAAAACAAACAUGGCUGCACUCAUUUUUCUUAGCAGUCUCAGCCACGCCACUCUGUAUAAGAAAUAAGGUGUUUUAAGUUUGACAACACAUUGGUGGGAAAGGGAUGAAAAUUAGAAUAUCCACCUGGUUGUUAUUAUUUACAUCACGGCCAAUCAGAGCUGGAGCCAUCUUGCUUUGUAAAUAUGGGGAGGGGGCCCAAUGGGGCUACCAGGAACAGAGAAGCUCGGAUCAAAACAAACAGGAGGGUGACUCCGUUCUUUACUCAGGACGCCAUUACUCCACUACAUCGUCAUGUAGAAAAUAGUUAUUUGCUAUUAUCAACGUUACAAACCUUUGUAUGUAUAUAACCUUUAAAAUAUUUAGAUUGAGCAGAUAAUGUUCUAUUAAUUUACUUAAGUCUUUGUUUCUAAGUUCUCCAAAAUAUUAAAAUGAUAUCUUAUAAUCAACCUCUCAUAAGAGCGGAAUAGAGAACUGUGCCACAUCGUAAAUUAAGAGAAAAACUUAAAUAAUUUCCACGACUGGGGCCAGAAAUUAAGAAACAUUUUUGCAGUUGUUGAACACAUACUUAUUUUAACAGCAACAUAACUCGUUAGUUAGCUUUAACUGUGCUUGUCAAUCACUGCCUUCAGUAUUUACUUGUACAAGGUGCUGACCCAUUGUCUAUUUGCACAGCAAAGGUGGUCAUCAGCAACUGUUAACAAGCUCCUCUUGUUUACUUUACCUGUUGUGUGACAUGAAAUGUAUACAUAAACAUUUACAUACACUAUCUGACAAGUUAUGUCGGAUGUAAAUCAGAUGAAACAGAUGUAGUCUAAUACAACAGCCCUGCAGUUUUAGAGUUUUAAGUGUUGAUUUAACUGGAAGAUAUUAUUUCUGUUGGACUCCACUGUAUUUCUAUUAUUCUGAAUUAUUAUUGGAGUGUAAGCUGAAUAAGAGAAACCCCUCUCCUUAUAACACAAUACAGUUCAACAGCUGCCUCCUCCAAAAUGAUUGUACAGUUGAAACACCUCUUAAAAAAAGUUUAGCAAAAUCUUAACAUUGUAACUGUCAUUUUUAUUGAUUUUACUGAACUGCAUUAGUUUGGACUGUGUACCUAAUAAACUGUUUAUUUAAGAGUAUAUUUAAGAGUACAUCUCAUUGAAAAUAUUAACACUCUUGGCAAAAAAUAAAAGAUCGUUUCUUAAAUAUUCAAA